CUUUCAUGUCCGCUAGCCCGCUACCUUUGCGCUACCUCUUGCGCUCGCGCUCCGAACCCUUCGCGUCCCCAUGUGGUCCUGCGGUUCUGCGGUUCCCGGUGCCUCUUCCGUUGUUCUUCUCUCGUUCUUCUCUCGUCCUCGCCGGCUGUAUCCCACUCCCCACCGCGUACCCUCCUAACGCGGUUGGCCGGAGUCGCUAAACCCCAGCAUCCCUGGGCACGAAUCUCGACAUCGCCCUGCCUUAUGAUUAGAGCCGCCCGCCUGCCCCCAGCGCAAGCGGGAUCCUCUUUGCUCCAUCCCAUAUCUCCCUCUGCCUCCGCCAACCCUUCCAUGGACGAAACAUCUCGCCCCCGUUGCCCAUCGCCGUCUAGGUUCGAAGAACCCCAAUGCCGCCCUCUCCCUCCCGUUCCCCUCCGCCGGCGUCGACGCCGAAUGCCGACGAGGCUCAACUGCCGAAAGGCCAAUGCCGCUACAUAUUGAUGAUUCCUGAGCUCAAGGGCCAACGCUGUGGCUGCAUGGGCUUCGACCACAACAAGGCCUUACCCGGUGCGACAUGUAACUGCGGUCACCUGUCGUGUUUCCACAUCACCUCUGCCGAUCCUCCGUCUCCCGGCAAGAACAGAGCCGAGAUCGAAACCGUCAAACAGCGACUCCAAGCCCUCGAAGAAAAUGCCGACCGAAGCGACCAUGAUCGGCUCUGCGGCGUUGUGAGCCGCAUAAGCGAGCUGGAAGAGACCGUCGAAAGGAGCAAGGAAGAAGCCCUUUCCGAGAUAAAGGGUUCCUAUCGGAACAGCUUCGCUGCCUGGCAGUUGGUGGAGCAGCUGCAGAAGCGAAUGAAGGAUCUGGAGGAGCUCUACCAAGCCCAGAGCCAACAAAUUGCCAAGGCUGGCAAAGAAGUCGACGACCUGCGCAACCGCCAGCUGGAGUUGCUGGACAGCGACGAAAUCUUGGAGGAGAGAAUCGAAAAGCUUGAAAGUUCAGAGUUAUUACUCUCGCCUCCCCAGGAUCCAGCCCCGACUGACUCGUCCUUUGACACCCUUCAGCUCUCCACACAUGCCACCACUGAACGCCCGCGGCAGCUCAAGCCCUCCUCUUUUACUUCAUCGCGAUCCUCCUCAUCGUCGAGAUCAUCGAGACCCUGGACCAUCCACAUCUCCCUGAUGCCUUCUAAAGAGCAACCCUUCCCCUUUGAGAAGGACACCACUGCAUACAAGAGGUGUCUCUCUCGUGGUCUCCAUCGCAUGGUGGCUGUGGAGGGUGAUGAUCCGCAAUCAUUCUCAGAAGGCGUGUCAAGGGCAUUUGGGUCUCUCUUAAACGGUCGGUCGUGGAUGCCGCUGCAGGCGAAGCUCUGCGAUGCCGAGAAGCUUCAGGGUCUGCCCAUGCUGCGACCGCUCGAGCCCCGCCUAGCUCAUGGCAAAUACGACAGAGACUUCAUUCGACAACACUGCGCUGUCAUCGAUGCCAAUGGGAAGCUGGACUCACUAUACAUCGCCAUGGAACAUGACACACUAUCAUGGAAGUUUCUCAGAAGAUCACCCAAAUAUUUGGAAGGCUUGGAAUCAAGCUGGGAGCACGACGUCUACCUCGACCAAAAGGACGAGAAGGACCCGACCGUGCUCAUGGACUACUUUAUUGGCAAUUAUGAUGACCAAUCACUCACAAGCAACAUUACCGCCUCCUUCACAUCCCUCAAGCGCAACGUAUCGGAGGUCUCAUGCUCCUCAGCUCUCGAUGACGCUGAAGGGUCGAGAACAAAGAUUCCUCGGACGUGCAAGUCCGGGCGAAUGGACCUACGGCGUGGAGUCGAGACUGCGCGAUAGACCAGGGGCCGACAAAGGGACUUGCUUCACACGAGAAACGGAAUUUUGUUUUUAACUGGAUAGAAAGGAUUGGGUACACUGGGAGCGACAUGGCUUGGACUUUUCGAUGGGACAUAAUGAGGCGUUCAAACAAUCUGGGAGUUGAGACCGAGGGUGCCAUUUUGGCUGCCCGGGGACCCGCUCAUUUCGGUAACCACGACAUUAAGAUUUUAGAUGCAUAGAAGAAAGGGCUGGUUGAUAUACCCCAAGAUGCUGUAUGUAUUUUCGCAGUUUAGUAGAAAAAGCUCCGUGGUUUGGAUCUUGCUGGGUAAAUACUAGCAGUCACUCUGAGAAGGAAACUGAUGGAAUGUUGAACAAAUUUCAUUGAUAUACACAAGCGA